AUGAUAAAAUCUCUCUUGUCUCUACUCCCUCUCCUACUCACGCUUGGCCACUCUUUGCCGACGCUCGACCUGCGGGCAUUUGGCCCCGUUCCGCCUAGCGAACACCCUUUCUACCAGCCUCCAAAUGGCUAUGAAGACCAGCCGGCAGGGACAGUCCUUGCCUCUAGGGAGGUUCCGCAUCCGAUCGCAGGUCUCCUGAACCGCCCCAUUAAGCUGUCCAAUUCGUACCAACUACUCUACCGGUCCACCGACAGCUUCAACAAUGCGACCGCUACAACAACCACAGUUCUGGUCCCGGAAAAUGCGGACACCACCAAACUUCUAUCUUACCAGAUGCCCGAGGGUUCUCCGUAUGUCAAUUGCGCUCCAUCUUAUGCCUUGCAGCAGAAUGCAGACAAUGACGGCAUCCUGGGAUGGAUCGUAUCAAUUCCCGAUUUUGAAGGACCGCACGGCGCGUUUUUGGCCAACAACCGAGCCGGAUACGCCGUCCUAGAUGGGAUUCGUGCAGUUCUGGCUUCGCCUGACCUGCUUGGUGUUACGUCUGACGCUGAUAUUACCAUGUGGGGAUAUUCAGGAGGCAGCCUAGCAACCGGCUUUGCCGCAGAAUUACAGCCUUCCUAUGCCCGGGAGCUGCAGCUGGCCGGAGCUGCACUGGGCGGCGUGAUUGGCAAUCUUCAAACGACGACUGAUACGCUUAUCGAAGACGAAGUCACCGAUGACCCUGUCCGGAGAAAGAAAUUCUUCGACGCCCGUGAACAGUGUCUGGUUCCCAACAUCCUCGAUUUUCAAUUCGAAGAUGUCCUUUCCUACUACAAGGACCAUGACAUUCAAAGCAAUCCUAUCUUUCAGCGGGUUUAUCGUGAGAACGAACUCGGACAGCAUACUCCGGGCAUCCCGUUGUUCGUGUACAAGGGCACGCUAGACGAGGUCAGCCCGAUCAACGCAACGACCGCUCUAGUAGACCAGUACUGCGCGGAUGGUGUGAGCGUUGAGUACAAAGAGACGGUGACGCAUGAGCAUGCACUUCUAGAGGUGGAUGGAUUUGCCGAGGCGUCAUUGUGGCUAACGGAUCGGAUGAAUGGGGUUCCGGCAGAGGAGAGAUGUACACAUUCGAAGAAGCUGGCGCCGUUGACUGAGCCUGGUACGUUGAAUGUGCUAGGGACGACUGUCAUUGCCGAGCUUAAACAGUUGCUGGGACUUUGA